UAAUUAUUGGCUCGGUUUAUUUAUUCAUAAUUUGUCGCGAUUUCAAGGCAAAAGAUAAUCUUAGUAGUCGAUACAAGGAUUUAACACCGGCAACAGCCAUAAACUCUACGUUGUAUCUUCUCUUUCACAUCACAUUCAUAAUUUACAACUCUGUAUUUCUCUCGAUUGACUAUCGCUGAUUAAUGCGAAAAAUUAGUUACUACUACUAUGUAUGCUAAUUGUUUCGUUCGUUGAUUUUUUUCUUCGUUUUUACGAAUAUAAAAUCGAGGAAAAAAAGUAAAAGCUUAGUGUCGUUUUACCAAGCAACGAGUCAAGAGCUAAACGUAUAGUAUAAACAACGAUGUCGACACUUGCGACGUUUUUCGCGAUCAUCGCGGCUCUACAUGGCAUAAUCUUACUCGGCUCAGUUUCACCUGCGAGUGCCUAUCGUAGUUUUUCGUUCAAAGGCGACAUCGGUGAAAAUUUUUUAGUGUUCAGUGAGAGUGCCAUAAAAAAUACCACCGUCUAUUACGGAAUUUGUGGCAGGGCCGUCGAGCAAACAGAGAAGGAAUGCAUUGUGCGUCGAGUACAGGCGGAUUUCUCGGGAGGUAGCCCGAAGGAGGACGAGUGUAACGUCGUGCUGCGCUCCGAGUCCGGCAGUUUCAUUGCGAUGGAUCUCAUUAGAAUCGAUCCUCUGGGUAAGGAUCGAGCGAUCGUGCAUUGGUUAGAGGAUACCGAGAGGUACUGGUACGAAAAGUACCACCUGCGAUUUAGUAUCGUCGAUUUUUCCAAUUGUAAAGUCAAAACGACCAAAAUUUCGAAAGAUCUUGACCAGUUGGUGCAAAAUUUUUAUUACCCCAGAAAUGGGCAAUUCGCGGCUGGCUUUCUUGGGAAUAGUUUCGACGAGCCGAGAUAUCUCAAAAGAGAAGACGAUUUCGACGUUCUGUUUAUUGUCGAGUCCAGUGACCAUAAUAGUUCAUCAAUUUACUCAGCAACGAUAGAUAAUGAAGGAACUGUUUCUAAAGUCAAUACUUUACUCACUUCCUCCGGUAAAGCAAAAAUUGUCACUCCAUUGAAAGAAGGAUAUUUGCUUAUCGAAGAACCAUUUCGUUCCUGGCCCGAAAAGUCAGCGAUUACAGUAGCUCAUAUUCAGUCAAACGGUCAAAGACAAAAUUUAACUCAUAUUGAAGAUGUACAAUCACCUUUGCUCUCCAUGACAAACGAAUUGAUCGGCAUAUGCGCUCGACGCAACGAAACAAUCAUGAAAUGCACACAGUUCAAGCUCGGCGAUAAAGAAAUCAACUGGUUUUCAGCUGAAAUCUUCCGUCCGGCUCAUUAUGGGUCUAAACAAGCCAUUUACAAUAUACCUGGGGGAGAAGGAUUUAUGACUUACCUCAUCAACAACGAGGGCGAUAGUCACUCAACAGACAUGUACUUGAUAAAAAUUGGUUUGGAUGGAAAAGCCAAGCAAUUCUUGGAUCCCGAUAUGAAGUGUAAAAGCAUACCCAAGGAGGCAGGGUUCACUCGACUUACCGAAGAUCGAGACAGUUAUUGCCUGACUACCACCUGCGUCAAAGUGUCUUACGAUAAUUACGACUUCGAACCGAGUUAUGUAAGAUUGAAAUCGAGGUGCUUCAACCCAGAAGAGUUCAAAACUAUUUCGAAGUACGAGUUAGUAGGUGAACAAUACCGCAAAACGCUGUUAAUAGAAUGAUAAAUAUC